CAAGAACCAGUGAUGCCGGCACAGCAGAUGGCCUUCAUUCCACAGAAUCCCUUGUUCAUUCCACCGGAUACGCCACCAGCAACUCAUCCAGCACAUGAGGUACCCGAAGACGAUGACGAGAAUGAAAACGACAUUUCGAUUGAGACCACCCAAGACGGCAUGCUAAAACUGUGCUGCUCUGAUCCACAAGUUCUCCAGGCAGCUCAAGAAGCGCUAUCGGAAUAUCUAAGAGCUCGAGCAAAACCAUCAGCUGAGGAACGUGAAAAACGUAAGGAGCGUAGAAAGAGUAUGCCACUACAGGCAAGCCAUCAAGAGCAAGCAACAGCAAAGGUUGACAAGAAACACUAG